AUUCCUUUCACUGCCCCCAUACCAACAAGCACUUUCUCUGCUCACAUUGACUUAUAUGCACUACAACUUCUGCUCUUCAUCUCUCAUUCCUGAGUUGAUUGUAGUCUUUGGAGCCAUUUUUGCUUCAAUUAUCUUCCCAAACCAUGCAAAACUGUUGUGACCUUGAAGUAGACGUUAACGGGGAAGAAACAUUCUUGGUGGACAAGAAUGUUCUUGCCUCUUUCUCAGGCAGGUUGAGUAAACUAUUCAGUAAAGUGAGAGGGGAAACAAGGAGGAUGAAGGUGGUGUUCAAUGAUUUUCCUGGUGGUCCAGAGGGCUUUGAACUUAUUGCCAAGUUUUGCUACAAUGGAGGCUGUGUUGACUUAGCUCCUUCCAACAUGUUUCUACUGCAUUCUGCUGCAAAUUAUAUGGAGAUAAGUAGAGGAAUCCAUGGAACCCACAGUUUAACAAAGGGGUUUUUUAGGAGCAUUCAAAGUCUGAACUGGUGUGAGCUAGUAUCUGGCUUGAAGAAAUGCCAAGAAUUGCCCUCUUUCUUGAUCUCUCCAUCUGUGCUUCAGAACUUCCUGGAUUGCCUUGUUUCCCGGCUUUCGAUACCUUGCGUUUCUAGCCCUCGCACACCAUGUUCGGACAAUUCCAGCGUACUGUUUUCUGGAGACAUCAGUGUAGACAGCUCCAGGAGCUAUGCCUCUCAGACAAAAUGGUGGUUUCAAGACCUUAAAUUUCUCAACAUUGACAUGUUGGAAAAGGUUGUCAGAACCAUGGUUUCGCACAAGUUAGAUCAAACGAUGGUGUCUUCGUUCCUCUCCUAUUACAAGAACAUGAAUUUCCUCUCUGCUACAUCAGUUCAGAAGAAUAGAAUCAUUGACACCAUUAUCAACUUGCUCUCUCUGCUUGACAGAAGCUUUGUUUCUGUCAGAGGACUAUUUGACAUUCUUCAAGCGUCGCGUUCUUUAAAGACGAGCAAGUGCUGCACUGAGAAAUUGGAAGUUUUGAUCGGUUCCCAGCUCGACCGAGCUACCAUAGAUGAUCUGCUCAUCCCUUCUCAACCCGGGAAAAGAUAUGCAUACGAUGUUAGUCUAAUCCUUAAGCUUCUGAAAACAUUCCUGCGCGAAAACAGCAGGCAUUUUUUCAGUUACAGUUUAAAGAAAGUUGCCAGCUUGAUUGAUCUCUACAUCAUGGAAGUGGCUCCUGACCAGUUUCUUCAACCUUCAAAGUUUAUGGCUUUAGCUACUGCACUGCCAGACACUGCAAGAGACUCAUAUGAAAUCCUCUAUGAAGCCAUUGAUGUCUAUUUCAAGGUCCAUAAAGGUUUAAGUGCAAAAGAAAAGAUAAAAAUCAGCUGUGCACUGAACUAUGACAAGCUCUCAGACCAAACUCUGAUGGAUCUAAGUCACAAUGAAAAUUUCCCAGUUUGUGCUUCAGUUACUGCUCUGGUCACCAACCAAUCCAAGCUCAGAAUCAAGCAUAAUGCCAUAGAACAUCUCAGCAAUCUUACUGAUGGAUCGUCGAGGCGUGGGGGCAAGAAACUUGAUGAUUUGCAUAGAAAAGGGAAGAAGCUUAGCAGACCAAAUGUGCAGAAUAGCAGGAAAUUGCAGAUCAAUGUGUCAAACAACUUUGCAUCCAUGCACAGACUCUGUGCUUAGUCUAGAUCACUACUUUCUUUCCAUUCCAUUUCUCAAAGAAAUGUACAGUUUUAGGUGUAAAAAUCCAGUCUUUUUUGAGUGUAAACUCUGGGUUCUUGGCUUCUUGCCAUUGUUUCUAACACUGCAAGUUUUCAA